GUGGAAGCCACACAGAAACAACGAGGAUGAAGCUUUGAUUCAUAUAAUAUAAAGCUCCUCUCUCAGAUUUAUCAUUUACUCAAUUUUCACUCUAUUUUUUGUUCUAAGUCUCUCAAGUUUCAUCAGCAUAUUGCAGGUCUUCGCUGCCCAACAAUGGCUUCUAAUUCAUCUUCUAAAUCGAGCUAUGAUGUUUUCCUUAGUUUUAGAGGCGCUGAUACACGCCCAAAUUUUACCAGCCACCUUUAUGCUGCUUUGAAUCGAAAAAAUAUUACCACAUUCAUCGAUGAUUCUCUUGAAAGAGGAGAAGAUAUAUCUUUAACCCUCUUGAAAGUGAUCGAAGAAUCAAAGAUUUCAGUCAUCAUUUUCUCGGAAAACUAUGCGUCAUCUCGAUGGUGCCUGGACGAACUCCUGAAGAUUUUAGAGUGCAUGAAGACAAUGGGGCAAUUUGUCAUACCCAUUUUCUAUCAUGUAGAUCCGUCUGAUGUUAGAAACCAGACUGGAAAUUUUGGAGAAGCAUUUGCGAAACGUAAAGAAAGAUGUAAGGAGCUGAGCAUAGACAGGGUGGAGAGAUGGAGUAAUGCUUUAAGGGAAGCAGCCAAUCUAUCUGGAUGGGAUUCCAGCAACUAUAGGCUUGAAUCUGAAUUAAGUGAAGAAGUUGCUGACCAGAUUCUGAAGAAGUUGUAUCCCAUCUCUUUUUCUGCUUCUACUGGCUUAGUUGGCAUUGAUUUAAAUGUUAAAAAAAUUAUAUCACUGUUAUGCAUUAACCCAACAAAUGUUCAGGUAAUAGGAAUUUGGGGAAUGGGUGGUAUUGGAAAGACCACUAUAGCUGAAGUUCUUGUUAGCCAAAUAUUUAAUCAAUUUGAUUGUUUUUGCUUUCUUCGGAAUGUUAGGGAAGAAUCAGAAAAAAUUGGGCUACUUGGUUUGAGGAGUAGAUUUUUUUCUGAACUCUCUGGGGUUGAAAUUAAGAUAGAAAUGCUCCACGUGCUACCCACUUUUAUUAAGGAUUCACUUAAGAGAAAGAAAGUUCUUGUUGUCCUUGAUGAUGUUAAUGAUGCAGAACAACUUGAUGCUUUAGCUGUACAUGAUGAUGAUUGUUUUGGUUUGGGAAGUAGAAUCAUUUUAAUAAGUAGAGACAAGCAAGUCCUUAGCAGUGUUGAUGAAGUAUAUGAGGUUAAGGGAUUGGAUGAUAGCGAUGCUCUUCAGCUAUUAAGUAUGAAAGCCUUCAAACAAAAGCAUCCUCCCAUGAAAUAUAUAGAGCUGUCCGAAAGGGUACAAACUUAUUGUAAAGGUGUUCCAUUAGCUCUCAAAGUUUUGGGAUCCUAUUUGUGCAAAAGGACUCCAGAAGAAUGGGAAACUGCAUUGAAUAAACUAAAGCGAUUUCCUGACUGCAACAUUAUGAAAGUCUUAAAAAUAAGUUAUGAUGAUUUAGAUCCAAUUGAGAAGAGCAUAUUUCUAGAUAUUGCAUGUUUCUUCAAAGGAUAUAACAAAAUCUGGGUAGAAGAAAUACUAAAUGGUUUUGAUUUUCCUUCACAUUGGGGAAUAAUUCGUCUAAUGGACAUGUGUCUCAUAACCAUUGUGAAUAAUAAGUUAGAGAUGCAUGAUUUGAUAGUGGAAAUGGGUCAAGAUAUUGCUCGGAGGAAGGGUAAUAGGUUAUGGAAUUCUAAGGAUAUCUGUCAUAUAUUGGCCACAGCUAAUAAGGCAAAUAAAGCAGUGGAAGGCCUAUUUUUGGACAUGUCUGAAACUGAAAGGGUAUAUUUGAAUCCUGCAGUCUUCUCACGAAUACCCAACUUAAGAUUGCUCAAAUUUUAUUGGAGUUUCCCCUGGUUUAAGAAAGAAGGUAGCAGUUUCAUAAUUGAACAUGGUCCAUCAAAGCAUAUAAAAAGUCUUCCUAACAAGUUGAGUUUACUUCAUUGGGAAGAAUACCCUUUCAAGUCUUUGCCAUUAGAUCGUUCCCUGGAAAAUCUUGUUCAUCUCAUUAUGCCAGAAAGCAAAGCUGAAGAGCUAUGGAACGGAUCUAAGUCGCUUCCAAAGUUAAAAUCACUAGAUCUUUCUCGGUCAGUGCACUUGAAAAAACUUCCUGAUUUCUCUUUGAUGACAAACCUGGAAAGCAUAAAAUUUAUAUGUUGUGAGAGUUUGAUUGAGAUUCCCACAUCCAUUCAGUGCCUAGGAAGACUCAAUUCCCUUUAUCUAAGUUCGUGCAAAGAGUUGAGAAGUCUUCCAAGCCUCAAACAGUUGAAAUUUCUUAAGAAUCUAAAUCUCUUUUACUGCUGCAACUUGAAGAUUUUUCCACAAAUUCCGAGAGGCAUAGAAGAAUUUGAAGUACGGUACUCUGGAUUGGAAGAGUGGUCUCAGUCUAUCCUAUUCCUUGACAAUCUCAACCUCUUACGUACGGGACAUUUCAUAAAUCUUAGAAGUGUUCCAAGAAUAAAAAAUUACAAUAAUAAUUGUUUCCUUGAUCUUAUUGGCUACUUGAAUCUUAUCACGCUUCCAGAGAUAAUAGGAAAUGUGGAGUCAUUGAUAUUUGAUGGGACUUUAAUGGAAGAAUUGCCCUCAUCAAUUGGCUGCCACUCCUCACUCGUUGAGUUGAGUUUGGUGGGAUGUGAAAGGCUCAAGAGUCUUCCAAGUAGCAUUUGCAAAUUGGAACUUCUUAAGAGGCUACGUCUAAAUGGGUGUUCAAAUCUUGAAGAAUUGCCUCCUUUGUAUGGUUUAUGCUCUUUAAGGGAGCUGUAUCUAAAUGGCACUGCACUAGUAGAAAGCCCCCCUGACAGUUUCUCUUUGCCAUUAUUAAGACGGCUGAGUCUGAACAACUGCAAGAGACUCCAAACAGCAGUAUCUGCUUCAUAUAUUCCACCAAUAAAAUAUCCUGAAGGAUCCUGGGAGGACUACCGUUAUGUUUUUAACUUUUGUAAUUGUGUAAAUUUGGACCAAACUGCACGUUCCAACAUAAUGGCAGAUGCUCUCCGGAAAUUUGAAGAACUAGCUAUUGCUAUCAAUAUUUUCAAAGAAGUUGAUAAAGAAAUUGCAUAUUUUAUUGUUAGUUUAGCUGGAAGCAAAAUUCCAGAGUGGUUGAGCUAUGAAAGCUCAGGAAAUUCAGUAGCUACUUCAUUGCCUCCUGGUUGUUUCAAUGAUAUGUUCCUGGAUUUUGUUUUUUGUGCUAUUCUAGAAUUUGAGGCUCCUGUUGUCGUGGGGACACUUCAUCACUUAUACUUGGAAUGUGAAAGUAGUUUCAGAAACAGUAAUGGUAACAAAAUAGCCAAUUUUGGAAUAUACAUUUGUGAUUUGGAGACUGAAUAUGAAUCAGAACAUGUGUUCUUUUGGUAUGGAGGCCAUCACCGUUCCCCUUUAGAUUUAAAUGAUUGGCUCAAACAGAAUUGUUACCAUGUGAAUGAGGCAUCAUUCAACUUCGAAGCUGAAGCCAUCUGUUGGGAUUCAAAUUCAAUGAAGAGGGUAAAGGUGAAAGUAAAAAAGUGUGGAUUCCAGUUGAUAUAUGCCAAAGAUGAGGUGAACUGGUGCAAUCGUCACGUAUGUGGAGCAACCAAUCCAGAUAUUCUGGGGCAAUUGAAAGAAACAAAUAGCAAGAAUAAGAGAAGCAGCAAAGGCUACUACUGCAGCAAUAAGACCAGUGUCAUUGCUGAUGGCAGAUCCAGCUACCAAGAAGUGGAAACCCAUCCUAAAAGAUUGAGGCAAAAUUUCUCAAUGGAAAAUUACUCUUCAAAUAACCAGGAUAAGGUUUAACUGCGACUCUGUUAUGGUUCCUUAAAGUUCUUCGGUGGUUCUUCCCAAAUUCUACAAAUUUCUUUGAAAUCUGUUCCUAUUAAUGGUGAAUGACUAGGGUUUGCGGCUCUGUUUUUCUGUAAGUCACCUCCAUUUUUGUAGGACCUAGAUUGAGAAUGCUGUUGCAGCUAUUUCCUGUCAAUGAUGCUAGCAACAAGAGUUCUCAUGUGUUUAAUACAAGUGAGGUUCUGCAUAUCAUGAGCAAGUUAACUGGAUGGAACGUUCCUGAUAGUGACAUAUUUGGUCCUUAUGAACUUCCAUACUUCCCUCUGUUGGACCCUUACAAUAAUGGCAAGGGUGCUUUGGUUGGCAUAAUACUGGGUGCCAUUGCCGUACAGCUGCAUUGUGUGUAAUUGUUUCACUUCUUAUUAUGAGGGUCUAUUUGAGGAGCUACCAUUUGAGGGACUAUCGUGCAAUUUCAAAAAGACAUCAUACAUCUAAAGCCUCAAUGAAAAUUGAUGGUGCGAAGGAUUUUACUUAUACUGAACUGGCCUUGGCUACCAACAAGUUUAGUAGCUCCACACAAGUUGGUCAAGGAGGAUAUGGAAAAGUUUAUAAGACAGCCCAGUUGUGACCAUCAAACGUGCUCAGGAGCAUUCUUACAGGGUGAAAAGGAGUCUUUAACUGAAAUAGAAUUGUUGUCAAGGCUGCAUCAUAGGAAUCUCGUUUCUUUGGUUGGAUAUGGUGAUGAAGAAGGUGAACAGGAACUCAAUUCUAUUAGAUUGGAGGAUUCUAGGAGACAUUGGGGAAAGUUCAGGUUCUUUUUUUAUCCGAAUCAGAAAACGGUACCAUAUAUCUCCUCAGUAGCUCCCAUAAGCUGGAGGUGUAAGUCUCUGUUCUCUCUCACAUUGCUGCAAGCCUCAAAAAUUCAAAAACCACAAUUUUAUCCCACAACCACGUGGGAGUAAAAGCCUUAACAAAUCUGUUACAACCUCUCAGACAGUAGUGCAAACUUGGUAAGGCAUGCUGCUCAAGUGAUGUUAAAAAUUGUCAUUUGAGAAAAGCUUAAAAUGGUUGCCAUUAUUCCUGCAGAUGUUGGUUUAUGAGUUUAUGUCAAAUGGCGGCGCCUUUAGAGAUAAACUUUCUGGUCUCCUAUUUCUCCCUUUCUGUGCUUAUUGGCCUAUGAAAAUUCCAAAUCUAAAGAACCCCUGGGUUUUAGAUUGAGAUUGAGAAUUGCCUUGGGUUCAGCGAAAGGCAUCUUCUAGCUGCAUAAGGAAGCUGAUCCUCCAAUUUUCCACCGAGAUAUCAAGGCAAGCAACAUAUUGCUGAACUCCAAUUAUAACGCAAAGGUUGCUGAUUUUGGACUUUCAAGACUCGCCCCAGUUCCAGAUAUUGGAGGGGCCGUGCCAGCUCAUGUGUCCACAGUUGUAAAGAGUACUCCUGUCUGCACAUCAUGCAGAGGCUGCCAGAUGAUCUAAGUCCUAGUUUGAUCCAAGACAUCACAGGUGUUUGCAAUUUGAGAUUUUCUUGUAUUUCAGCUUUUAGCUCCCUUUCGUUACCCAAAAAAAAAAAAAAGGGCAACGACGAUGAUAAGGGGAAGCCAAAGCUGUCUAAUAUAGUAUCUCCAUUAAUUUACUGAGCUAAUCGGAGCACAGAGAAGUCAUUGACGUCCAAAGUCAGAAGUUCAGCACACUGGAGUGGAGGCUUUAUUAUUUGUUAGAGAAAAUAAGGCGCAUCAAUAGAUUCUUUAUUUGUUGAUGGAUGCCUCACUUUUUUGAAAAGUAAUGUCAUCUCUCUCCACUAUUAUAUUUUAUUGUAGAAUAUAUAAGUUUUUCACCCUUCUUCCUUGCGGUGCACUUCACACGUUGUGUUUCCGACAAGAGGAGACCUUAUUUACCCAUUUCUACAAACUGGGUUAAAUUGGUAAAAAUUUUGAAAUGUGUUUAUUUGCCUCGA